CAGACUGUGUCGCCACUGGGCUUCGUAUCGGGUUAACAAAUGACCAACCAGCCGCUUGGAUGAGAAGAGCGCAAAGUGAAAUCAUUCCGCUGGAGAGACGCAACUUCGGCGGUUGCAUCGCCAACAUACUCAUCGCAAAAGUGGAUGAAUGUAGAUGUUAUUUGGAUUUUUUUGGGGUAGUUUUUUUGUGCGUGGAUCAGGCUUGAAGAAGGAGAAGAGGGAGAGUGUCAGCUAAUUGGGAUGAGAGUUCAAGUCAAGUGAGCCGGCAGAUUGGACCUUUAAAGCCUCUUAACGCAAGGUGGUGGGAGGAAUACAGCGCGAGGGGAGUGUGUUUAUGUGCCGUGUUUGUGUGUUUGUGUGCAUGUGUCAUUCCCAGUGGAAAUCCACCCUGGGCACAGCGACAAGGGGGUGAUCAGGUGUGUGUUUGUGGGUGGGUGGGGGAUAAAUCCAAGCGGAGACAGGGCCAGUUAUGGUUUCUCUGACCUGGACGCGAUGAAGUGGCUCUGCGGGAGUUUUAGGGUUUAAGACCGGAGAGGAGGAGAGCUGGGCGGACGAACGCAGGGAGGGAGGAGGAGGAGGGGGACACCACCACCGCCAAAGCGCACAACACGGUCCCCAACCCCUUGACGCAGGGAUGGAGAGCACGAGAGCGCACAGGGUAACUCGGCUCGAUCCCACAAACGGGAGCGGAAAGAUCACCGGGAGGCCAGACAUGAGGAGUGACCGACACCGGGGACACCUCCACCUGCAGCGGGCUGUGAUUUUUCUUGUCGCGCUCACGAUACAACCGCAGACUGUGUGUGCUGUCGGGAUGUUUGAGCUCCAGAUCCGUCACUUCCAGAACCCGCAUGGACUUCUGCAGAUUGGAAACUGCUGCGACCUUGAGGCCAGCGGGGGGCAACGCUGCUCAGCCAGGGACCAAUGUGACACUUACUUCCAAGCUUGCCUCAAGGAGUACCAGGCCCGGGUCGUCCCAACUGGAACCUGCACCUUCGGGUCCGGCAGCACUGGGAUCCUGGGUGGAAACUCCCACUCGCUCCGCCACCGAGGACACGAUGGGGGAGGAGGAGGAGAGGAUGGGACUAAUGGACACAUUGUCAUUCCCUUCAAAUACGCCUGGCCAAAGUCCUUCUCUCUGGUGUUGGAGGCUCUGGACUAUGACAACGACACGUCAGAAUCAGGUCAAUUGAUUGAGCGAGUCCUCCUCUCCUCCAUGUUGAACCCUGGUGAACAGUGGCAGACGUACCGUCACCACGGACGGUCUCUGAGCCUGGAGUACCGGCUGCGCUUCCGCUGUGAUUCAAACUACUACGGGCCUAACUGCAACAAGUUCUGCAGGGCCCGCGAUGACUUCUUCGGUCACUUCAACUGUGACCCCAGCGGCUCCAAGGUCUGCAUGGAGGGCUGGACGGGACCAGAGUGCAAAGAAGCGGGGUGCAAGCAGGGGUGUCAUCAGGUCCACGGCUCCUGCACUGUACCCGGAGAGUGCAAGUGUCAUUAUGGCUGGAAGGGUCCUCUGUGUGACCAGUGUGUGACGUUCCCCGGCUGUGUGUAUGGAAGCUGCACCGAGCCCUGGCAGUGUGUGUGCGAUGUCAACUGGGGAGGUCUUCUGUGUGACAAAGAUCUGAACUACUGUGGCACCCACCAGCCCUGUAAGAACGGCGGGACCUGCACCAACACAGAGCCAAAUGAGUACCAGUGUGAAUGCCAGGAAGGUUUCAGAGGACGCAACUGUGACAUUGCGGUGAGGCAGUGUGAUCGGAGCCCUUGCGGUCGUGGAGCAACGUGUCAGGAGGCUCCUGGAGGUUACCGGUGCCUCUGCCCGCCUGGAUGGACCGGGAGGACCUGCCAGCUGGACACCAACGAGUGUGAAAUGAGUAUAUGUAUCCACGCCCGCUCCUGUCGCAACCUGAUCGGUGGAUACUUGUGUGACUGCCUUCCUGGGUGGACGGGGCCUAACUGUGACAUCAGGAACAGCAGCUGUCAGGGUUUGUGUCUGAACGGUGGACGUUGUGAGGACCAGGUGUCAGGGUCCAGAUGCUUGUGUCCACCUGGUUUCUUGGGAAAAUAUUGCCAAAAUGGUCCGAGUCCCUGUGACAGCGCCCCCUGUCUGCAUGGAGGACAGUGUGUGGAGAAGGAGGGAAGGACCAUCACCUGCAACUGUCCCAUGGGAUAUUCAGGAAUCUUCUGUGAGAUAGCAUUGGAUCUUUGCAAUCCCAACCCCUGCCAGCAGGGAGCACCCUGUCACAGCACAGAGGGCAGAUACAUGUGUGCCUGCCCUGAGGGUUACUAUGGUAACGAGUGCAUGAGCCUCAAAAAUCCCUGCAUUGGUCAGCACUGUCCAGGUGCCAUGUCUAACACGACACACGGGGGAAUCAGCUUCUACAUUAUCCUGGUGGGGGUCUUAGCUUUAGUGAUGGUCUGUGGCUGUGCGGCCUGCGCCUUCAUCCUUUCACACCUCCAUCGAAAGCGGAAAAAGCAGCAGGCCGUCCCACAGGAAGAAGGCAUCAACAACCAGAGGGAGUUUGUCAACCUCAUCAGAAACGUGGACCGUCCCGUGGACCGUCCCGUGCCCCUCCUAAACGUGGACCGUCCCGUGGACCGUCCCGUGUCCCUCCUGCCCCCAGCUGCCCCGCUCGCCCACCCUCCAGCCACGACCCCUGUCUCACGUUGCUACGAGGAGAUUGAACUGACCCUCCCGCCCUCCCCUGCACCCUCACACCCUUCUCCAGCACUAAAGCCGGCCCACGCCCCAAAACUGGACAUUUCCAACCGGGAGAGGGAGAAGUUGAACCGCUUCCACUACACAGACAACCAAGAACUGGAGGCCUGA